CGUCCCUCUAGAGGAGGAAGAGUCCAGAAUAGUCAAAAGUUAGUCUGGGGACGGUUUGCCGAUCAUUUUGAAACCAUAUGUUGGGGGCAUUGUUUGGGUAUUUCUAUGUUUCGUCGAAAAUAAAUCCCCCCGUAUAGGGGGACACGCCCGACUCAACACGAGGACUUCGCCAACGGCGGCUGGGACGGCGUCCUCGGCUACGGCGCGGCGCGGAGGGAGCACCGGGACUACCGCCAGCAGCGGCGCCUGGAGGCGCUGGCGCUCCUCCUGGUGCACCACGGCGUGCGGGAGUGCGAGCCCUUCCUGUCGGACAACCCGUUCCACCUCGAGGGCGUGCGCGGGGCCAUAGAGGAGUUCCAGCGGCGCAACGGCCUGGCGGCGGACGCCACGCAGCUGGGCGACUCGUUCUGGAGCGCCGCGCUCGUCCCCGCCGUCCCCGGCGAUCGCAGCGCGGCCGCGCUGGCCCUGCGGUGGCUCCUGGACUCGGCCGAAGCGGCCGCGAGGCCGCCGCUGUGGGACGCCGCCACCGUCGACCACGAUCACGGGUGCGUGGCCCCGUUCGACGAGCUCCUCGUCCGCAGGCUGCUGAGCCACCCGUCCUCGGCCGACGUCGGCGUCGGCUCGCUCAACGACCUGGCCGGGGGCCUCCAGCAGAGCCACUGGGCCGCGCUGCUCGGGGAGCCCGAGGUGCCCGCCGCCGCCGGGUGCGGCCCGCGCAGGGGCUGCCUGCACGCCUUCGCGGUGGUCUGGGCGCUGACCUGGCUCGCCAUGGCCGUGGCCUUCACGUUCGGGCACGUGCCGACGUCGGAGGAGAGCCGCCUGGCGUCCGACGGCGAGUUGGCGCCGCGCCGGACCGCGAUGAGGCUCACGCGCAGCGAUUCGCGCAGGCUCGCCUGGCACAGCCGGUGGAUGAUGGGGGCCUCUGGCCGGGCGGUCAACUGUCUCAUGCUCGUGGGUUCCACGGUGUGUCACAGCUUGGCCGCUGUUGGGAUGUGGAUGUUCCCCCAGGACUUCUUGAAGGAGUUGUUGGUGGGAGUGUACUUCGCCGCAGCGGGCCUCAUCAUCACGCGUUUGUCGUCGGAAGGGGGCAACCAACCGAUGUUUCGCAGAGCCAUCGAGGCGGCUAUUCUGCUGACACUGUUCCUGAGCGUGUAUUUGCUUGUUGUCGUGUUCCCCUACAACCAUGGCCUCUGGAUGAAUAUCAUCCUCGCCGUCGUGGUCGUGAUGUGGAGCUGGGCGACUGCGGCCCUGUCCAAGCAGGCCCGUGCCGCUCGCUUCGUACUGCUCUGUGCGGUGUGCUUCCUCUCCGCGGUUUUCCCCACGUUCUUCGCGAUGGCCGUGAGGAACGUGACGAGCUUCACGCUGUGGACCCCCGCCCUCGCCCCCACUGGUCUUCUCAUAGUCUCGUUUUUUUCGGAGGAAGUGGUGGGCCACCUCAUGGUAAAGCACUGUGAGUUCACCGCUGAAACUCAGUGGAUGCUCGCCAUCGUCUUCCGAUUCUGCGUGGAGGCUGUCCGCUUCAACACGGCGCUGAGUGUGAUUCUGUUGUUGCAGGUGUCCAAGGCGAGCUGGUGGUGGUUGGUGCUGCACCUCGUGCAGACUGCGCUGUACGAGACGGUGUGGAUCUUCAGGCGUCUCUGGGAUCAAAAUCAAGCGAACUCCGUGAGCACCCUUGGCGAGAGCACCGCGGAGGGAGGGCUGCCGUUCACGAACGGGGAGAUCGUCCUGCGCACCUGCUUCCACCCCUGCCAGUACCGCGCCCGCGCGGCGAUGCUCCCCAUCGAGGCCUCGCUGCUGCUGGCCCACGUGUGCCAGCUUGCCACCAUGGGUAUGCCUGUCGGACCGUCGACGGGGGCGUGGGUCGGGGGCAUCGGCUGCAUCGGCGGCGCCGCCUUGUGCCGGGAGGGGGCGAUCGCUGUCCUCGGCAGGACCUUCCAGAGCACCAUGCCGACCAUGCCCUGGGCCAAGCUGCCCGUGCACCUGGUGGCCAUGAUGACCGGCGUGGGCGCCGUCACCGCCAUCUUCGCCCAGGUACAGAACCAUUGGCUCCUGUACGCGCACCACUGGGCCGCGUGCUUCCUCGGGGGGCCCGGGCACGACGAGGGCACGGAUAUCAGCAAGGAGUGGGAAAGGACGUUCGCGCUCGCCGCGACGGCCUUCCUCUGCGCCGCCGCCUGGCUGGGAGCCGUGGCGGCGUUUGCCCAUUGGGCCAGGUGGCGCGCCCUGCUCCGCGAGGGCCGCGCCGCCAGGCGCCCCGCGGCGCAGCCCCCGCGGCCGCAGCUCAAGGCCAUGCGGAGCCUGCUGUCGGUGCUGCCGGGCGAGGGCGGCGCCGGCGCCGGCGGCGGCGGCGGCACGUGGCCUUUCGUGCGCCAG